AUGCACAAUGUGCCUGACUGGAUGACAGCCAGCAUUUAUAGUGCAGGCGGACCACCAGAAUCACUGGCCCGCCAGGCGCCGCCGUCAAUCCGGAAGCUGGAGUGGGAUGCCGAGCGAAUGCGCAGCCGGAGCCACCAGCCGCAGUACGGUGGCAGCGGGGUCGACUUUGAGCAGUGGCUGGCAUUCGCUGAAAGCAUGAGGACGGCGAUGUGUCAAGCACUUCCUGUGAAAACAAUUCCCUUUUCCGAUAGUUCUGCUCCCUUGGCAAUGCACGCCCUCAUGGCAAAGCCACAAGGGCAGGAAUGCAGUUCAGGCAGCAGCAGCUCGAAAAAAUAG